UAUAUAUGUCAAUGAUCAAAUAUUAGAUUAAAGAGGCAACUGAUUGUAAUUUUCAUUGAAAUCCAAUGAUCGCUUUAACAGACAGACACGAUGGAUGGAGCGUUCUCGUUGAAGGUGUGCUGCAUGGGCGCGGGGUACGUCGGUGGACCGACUAUGGCGGUGAUCACCAAGUUUUGCCCGUCGAUCCGCGUCACGGUUGUUGACGUGGCAGCGAAGCAGAUCGCUCGGUGGAACUCGGAGGACUUCGACCUGCCAAUCUACGAGCCAGGGCUUGAGGCCCUUGUUCGGGAAACGAGAGGACGGAACCUAUUCUUCUCCACAGAUAUCGACAGACACAUCAAGGAAGCCGAUGUCAUCUUCGUCUGUGUGAACACCCCGACCAAGGCGGCUGGAAUCGGCGCGGGGAGCGCUGCCGACACCAAGAACAUCGAGCUUUGCGCACGGAUGAUUGCCGAAUAUGCGACCAGCGACAAGAUCGUCGUGGAGAAGUCGACUGUGCCCGUGCACACGGCCGAGGUUCUCAUGGCUGUGUUCAACGCCAACAACAAGAGCAGCGUCCACUUCGAAGUGCUGUCGAACCCCGAGUUCCUCAGCGAAGGCACGGCAGUCCAGGACCUGAUUACUCCGUCCCGCGUCCUCAUCGGCGGCGGCAGCACGUCCGCCGGCCAAGCCGCCGUGCAAGCCCUCGUUCGCAUCUACGAACAGUGGAUUCCCUCAGAGCGCAUCUUGACGACGAAUGUGUGGUCCUCGGAGCUGUCCAAACUGGUGGCCAAUGCUUUCCUCGCCCAGCGCAUCUCGAGCAUCAACUCGAUUUCGGCGAUUUGCGAAGCCACGGGCGCGGACGUGACCGAAGUGGCCAAGGCCGUGGGGACAGAUCCCAGAAUUGGCAGCAAGUUUCUGGACGUGUCUGUCGGGUUUGGCGGGUCGUGCUUUCAAAAGGACUUGCUGAAUCUCGUGUACUUGGCCGAGUCGUUCCACCUUCCCGAAGUCGCCGCGUACUGGCGCAGUGUCGUGGCCAUGAACGAGUUCCAAAAGCACAGAUUCGGCACCCACAUCGUCCGCACUAUGUUCAACUCUGUGACGCACAAGAAGAUUGGGAUUUUGGGCUUUGCAUACAAAAAGGACACGGGGGACACGCGGGAAACGGCCGCCGCGACGAUCGUCAAGAUGCUCGUGGCGGAGAAGGCCCAGGUGUACGUGUACGACCCCAAGGUCGAGUUGGACGACCUCGUGAACGAACUCAAGUACCACGGCGUGCCGGACGACGACAUUGGACGCCAUGUGCAUGUGAUGGAUCGUGCGGAUGCGGUCGCGGACAAGGCGCACGCGUUGGUGGUGCUCACCGAGUGGGAAGAGUUCAAAGCGUACGACUACACUCGCAUCUACGACAGCAUGCUCAAGCCCGCGUUUGUCUUUGACGGACGGAACCUCCUCGACCACGACCACCUCCGUGCAAUUGGGUUUGCGGUGCACGGGAUUGGCAAAAAGUGACGCUAGGAGGUAAUACUAGUAGUAGUAGGUACUAGUCGUACUGAAGAGGAUACUAGUAGUAGUACUAAAAAUAAUAGUAUUAACAACAGUAGCAAAGUUUUGG